AUGCAACCUGGAUUAUUACAACUUAUCAAUCCAGCUGAACCAAAAUAUCCUUACGAUGUCCAUUAUAUUAAAGAAGAUGAGGCAUUUUGUUCCUCAGUUACAAAUCUUACUUUCUUAGUCAUUGUGUUAUCAUCUACAACAAACUUUAACAGAAGGCAAACAUUGAGAAAAACCUGGGCAAACGAAUCCUUAUAUACUUCGUACGGAACACUGAAGAUUGUAUCUCUUCUAGGAAUCACCGAUAAAGCCAAAGUCCAGAAACAAAUUGAUGAAGAAUUUAAUCUCUAUGGUGAUACGGUUCAAGGAGCUUUUCUAGAUACUUAUGAAAAUCUGACACAUAAAUCAACAAUGGGAUUUAAAUGGGCAACUGAAAGAUGCAGAAAUGCAAAAUAUAUUAUAAAAACAGAUGACGAUGUAGUGAUCAAUAUGUUUGAGCUUUUUCAAAACAAUAAACUAAGCGAAUCCGAAAACAAAACUCAUGUGCUCUGCCAUCGUCAAUCGACUAGGGUUUUAAGAGAUGAAAGCGAAAAAUGGUUUGUCGACCAUUACCAGUUUAAGGGAAUGAGUAGAUUACCUCCAUAUUGCGGGGGUCUUUUUGUGAUGAUUUUAAAUGAAGUGGUUCCAUAUCUCUACGAGUCUGUUUCGAAGACACCAUUCUUUUGGUUACCAUUGUUGCUUGUAUAUAUAGCCAGGUUUUCCCUAGAUGCCUGUAUCUAUAGCAAGAAGGACCAGUCUGUAUACACAGGAUGCCCAGAGUGGCAUGUCUAUUUAGCCCGGAUGGUGUGUAUACUAAUGACACUAAAAAUGGCCUGCCUAUAUAUCACUGGUACAAAGUUUGCCUGUCUGUAUCCUAAGGAUAUCCAUAGAGGCCUGUAUGAAAAGCCAAGAUUGCCUGUCGAUAUACCUAAGAUAUCCAUAGUUGCCUUCUCUAUACCUCUAGAUACAUUGGGUGCCCAGUCAUUAUACCAAGUAUACCAUUGA